AUGGGCUUAGUCUGGUUGGAGCGGCCCCGGCGGGUGCCGGAGGGGGGCUUUAGCUUUGACUUGAAGGUGCGAGUCCACUCUGGCUUCGAGGAGGAAGACCCGGAGGACCCUCUAGUGCGGCUCUUGCGGCAACCUGCGCUCUGCGAAAUCGCCAGCCCGAGUGACGCGGUGCCAGAGGUAGCCUACGUGUCGUCCCCAGUUGGGGCGUGGCGGAAGGCGCCCGGGGAGGUCUCCGACGGCCGGCUCACGCCUGCCCGGGCGCUUGGCCGAGCCCUGCGUGACCCGAAGCGGUGGGAACGCGCGCGCGAGCGAGCCUUGGAUGCGGACGGCCAGCCGAAAAACGCUGCCGGAACCUUUGCUCUCAAGCCCCGCAAAAGCCAUUUGCGAGCGUGCAAGCGCACACCGGGGUUAGAUCCUAUGGCGCUGGAGGACGCGGCGGAGUUGGAGGCGCUGCUGCAGCAGGCGAAGCGCCCCGCGGUGCAGCAGGAGCUGCAGAAGCUGCUGAAGCAGUUCCAGGCCGCGGCCGAGAAGCCGCCGGCGCCGGAACCGGCGGAGCCGAAGGCGGCGGAGCCGAAGGCGGCGGAGCCGAAGGCGGAGUUGCGGCCCACCGGACCCUGGGAGGAGAUCACCACCUUUGCGCUGGACCUCGGCGGCAUGAACUCAGACAUCGUGGUGGACGUAAGGCUGAAGGGCGUGGAGGCCUUGCCCCAGGAGAACGUGACCUGCGACUUUAAGCCUGACUCCUUUGACCUGAAGGUCCUGAAUUUGGAGGGCCACAACUACCGCUUUUUGCGCACGAACCUGGAGAAGGACAUCGUGCCUGGUGAGUCCAGCAUUAGGGUGAAGAAGAACCACGUGCUGGUGACGCUGCGGAAGGUGAAGGAGAAGUAUGGCUAUGAGAGUUGGAUGGACCUUUGCGCAAAGGGCAAGCGGCGCAGCGCGGCGAAGGAUACCACAGAUCCCCAGGAUGGACUGAUGUCCAUGAUGAAGGACUUGUAUGAGGAUGGAGAUGACAACAUGAAGAAGAUCAUUGGAGAAGCCAUGUACAAGGCCCGGUCCGGCCAGUCAGAUCCCAAAGACAUGACGAACCUCGACAAUAUGGAACUGUGAGUCUGUGAGACGCCGGAGCCGGCCGGAGUCGGUGAUGUCAGCUGGGCAAAGACUCGGCGCCCUUCUUUGUACAGGGGGCCUUCAGUUCCAUGUGUCAAAAUGGGCCUUUGUUUCGGUUCCUUUGAAUUGGAUUUCUGACUUGGAUGUUCGCC